GCGCCGCUGCUGCAGCCUCCCGGCCCACCAGAAGGUGGCACUGCCAGCACUGUCCCCCACGAUGCAGAUGGGCACCAUCGCACGCUGGGAGAAGAAGGAGGGCGACAAGAUCAAUGAAGGGGAUCUCAUAGCAGAGGUGGAGACAGACAAAGCUACAGUUGGCUUUGAGAGCCUGGAGGAAUGUUACCUGGCCAAGAUCCUGGUGCCAGAAGGGACAAGAGAUGUUCCUAUUGGGGCCAUAAUAUGUAUCACUGUAGAAAAGCCUGAACAUAUUGAUGCCUUCAAAAAUUACACCCUGGAUUCUGCAGCAGCUGCUGCCCCCGCAGCCUCAGUGCCUCCCCCUCCAGCUGCAGCCCCCUCCCCACCGCCUCAGCCUUCUCCACAGGCCCCUGGCAGCUCUUACCCUCCUCACAUGCAGAUCACUCUCCCUGCUCUGUCACCCACCAUGACAAUGGGCACAGUGCAGAGGUGGGAGAAGAAGGUUGGGGAGAAGCUGAAUGAGGGAGACUUACUGGCGGAAAUUGAGACAGAUAAAGCCACAAUCGGCUUUGAAGUGCAGGAGGAAGGCUACCUGGCAAAGAUCUUGGUGCCUGAAGGAACAAGAGAUGUGCCCUUAGGAUCCCCUCUGUGCAUCAUUGUGGAGAAGGAGGCUGAUAUUCCAGCCUUUGCCGACUACCAGGCUGCUGCAGUCACUGACAUGAAGGCACCAGCUCCUCCUCCUCCUCCUCCUCCUCCGGUGAUGGCAACUCCUGCAGCUGCUCCUCCUCCUCCCCAGCCUGCUGCUGCUCCUGCUCCAGCAGCCCCCACAGCGGGGCCACCCCACAAAGGAGGAAGGGUCAUGGUCAGUCCCCUGGCAAAGAAAUUGGCAGCAGAGAAAGGAAUUGACCUUACCCAAGUGAAAGGUACUGGACCAGACGGCAGAAUCACCAAAAAAGAUGUGGAGUCAUUUGUGCCAUCAAAGGCUGCUCCAGCUGCAGCUCCAGGGGCAGUUCCUGCAGCAGCACCCGAGGGGACCUUCACAGACAUCCCCAUCAGCAACAUUCGCAGGGUCAUUGCUCAGAGGCUGAUGCAGUCCAAACAAACGAUACCUCACUACUACCUGUCCAUCGAUGUAGACAUGGGAAAAGUAUUGGUGCUAAGGAAAGAACUCAAUCAGGAGGUCUCAGAUAACAUUAAACUUUCUGUCAAUGAUUUCAUCAUUAAAGCUUCUGCUUUGGCGUGCUUGAAGGUGCCUGAGGCAAAUUCUUCAUGGUUGGACACAGUUAUUAGGCAGAAUCAUGUGGUGGAUGUGAGUGUGGCUGUCAGCACCCCGGCAGGGCUCAUCACCCCCAUCGUCUUCAACGCUCACAUCAAGGGCCUGGCUGCCAUCAGCAAGGACGUGGCUUCCCUGGCAGCCAAAGCCCGGGAAGGGAAGCUCCAGCCUCACGAAUUCCAGGGUGGUACUUUCACGAUUUCCAAUUUAGGAAUGUAUGGGAUUAAGAAUUUCUCUGCCAUAAUCAAUCCACCUCAAGCCUGCAUCCUGGCAGUGGGGUCCUCAAAAGAAAGACUAGUGCCAGCUGAUAAUGAGAAAGGCUUUGACGUGGCCAGCAUGAUGUCUGUCACCCUGAGCUGUGACCACCGUGUUGUGGAUGGAGCAGUUGGAGCACAGUGGCUUGCUGAGUUCAAGAAUUUCCUUGAAAAGCCAGUAACCAUGCUGCUAUAAUUUAACCAUGCAAAACAGAAUUUUCCUGGGUCACACUGUUGUGUUUUAAACAAGCUAUUUAGACUUUAGUGUUCAGACUUUGAGAGAGUUCUUUUCUUUUUUUUUUAAUUUAAAAUAUGUAUUAUAUUAUCUGGUAAUUUUACCAGUCUGUACAGAAAAAAAAAAAAAAGUUUGCAAAAGUGCUUUUCAGAGCAAUAUUACAGCUACACUGUAUUUUUAUACAGUUAGUUAACUUGCAAACUCUUCCAAAACAGAGUUAAGCAUCCCAGAUUAAAAAGUAAAAACCAAACCUCUAAAUUAUCCUGGCAUUGUGCCAGCUGCUUCUAAACUCGGGUGCCCAGGGGGUGCAUACCAACAGAUUCAUGACCUCAGUGUUGUCAGAGAUUGGAAUUUCAAACAUCUCUUCACAGGGGUGCAGAUGGGAUGGCCACAGAAAGGUACAAGGAGGAGGGGAACUCAUGCAUUGUCCUGUUCCUGGGGUGGGGAGAUGGCCCAGCACUGAGGGACUGAAGUGCCUGGGGAUAGUGUCUGAAAGGCCAAGCGCUGCUGGUCCAAAGCCUUUUUGGAAUUUGGCACUGGCUGGGACCUUCUCAGCUGCGUGAUCCCUUUGGAGCUCUUUAGGUGAAAGAGCAGCGCUGUCUGUGGGGUGGCAGCUCUCGGGUACCACAGGGAAUGUGCUGUCUGCUCAUGGACUCUCACUGACAUCUGCUUUUCCUUUGGAAACUGUGUAGCUGCUGUUCCUGUGGCUGAGUUAACGCCAUGGACAUAAAUAACUGCUUUGCAGAACGUUCAGUGUGUGUUGGGAGCGAGUACAGACAAAUCCCACACGCUGAUAAUCCCACCAGGGGACGUUAAUCAUGUGAGGACUGGGAUGUUUGGGAUUUUUCAUUUCAGGCAUUCUAACAUAGGAAGCUCUGACUUAAGCCACUGGAAUUGCAGACCUUCCCUGGAUUGUCUGUGUUGUCCAGCCUCAGUAAAGCUGCAGAAUGUGCUCUCCAUGUACAUAUUGUAUGUAAGGUGCUUCUCUAGUCUGUUGGACUCGUGUCCAGUUAUCCCAGGCAUUGUAUCCUGCAAAGGCUGCAGUGCUGAACAUUCUGAAAUUCCAGUUUCCACAUGGAAAUGUUCAUGUAAAAAAAGGACAACCGUGCAGCAAUGACAGAGUGACCAGGAGAAUUAAAUAGGGGGGCAGAGUUGGGAAAAAAGGAAGAAUAUGUUCAGGCUGAUCCUGUUAUUCUGUAUAUUGCAUUAAGUACUGUCUCCUGUAAAAUUAAAAUACUUCACUGAAGAUAUUGAAAGAAAAUACUGUGGAAAUUAAAUAUUUUUGCGGGAACUAUUUAGUGUCUGGUUGCUGUGAUGCCUUGCUUAAACAAAAAAAAGUGCAUUAAGGUUUUGGAUUUUCUUGAAUGACCUGAAGUACCCUGAUUCCAGACUGGCUCUAGUGAACCCAUGUUCCAUUAAAUGUUUGGAAUUGACAACUACUAAA